GAUAUCAAGAAGAAAGAGAACUGAUGGCAAUUGUAAAACAAAGCUCUUGUGAAACAUGGAAAAGGAAUUUCUCUGGUAAUAGAUAAUGCUGGCAAUGUUGGAGGAGGCAUCAUUUGGAAAUUCUGUUCCUGCCUAAACACAGCAAGAGGACUCUGAGUGAAAGAAGAUGUGGUGGUUUCUUGCCAUCGCUUGCCUAAUACAAGCAACUGGGAGCUCAGAAGAACUGAGUGGGAGCAGAGGUUCAAAUCCUGAAGUUCACAUGAAUGUUAGCGAAGUGAUUCGCUACAAAGGAUACCCCAGCGAAGAGCAUGAAGUCUUAACAGAUGAUGGCUACUAUUUGACAGUAAACCGAAUUCCCUUUGGAAGAGAAAAUCUUACCGCCGAAGGUCCCAGGCCUGUUGUGUUGCUGCAGCAUGGGAUAGUUGCGGAAGCUAGCUUCUGGGUCGAAAAUCUGGCGAACAAUAGUUUUGGAUUCAUAUUAGCGGAUGCUGGCUAUGAUGUUUGGCUGGGGAACAGCAGAGGAUCAAGUUGGUCUCGGAGACACCAGAAUUUGUCAACUGACCAAGAUGAAUUUUGGGAUUUCAGUUUCCAUGAAAUGGCUUUGUAUGACCUUCCAGCAAUGAUCAACUUCAUUCUGAAGAAAACUGGGCAGAAGCAACUGUAUUAUGUAGGCUACUCUCAAGGCACAACCAUUGGCUUCAUAGCAUUUUCAGCCAUACCAGAGCUGUCUCAAAAAAUCAAACUAUUCACCGCCUUGGCUCCUGUGAUUUCUCUUAAGCAUGUGACAAGCCCUGCUUCCAAAUUUUCCUUCCUACUUCCUGACUACUCAUCCAAGAGCAUUUUUGUCAGAGGAGAAUUUGUACUGUUUCGCAAGCCCGUGGCAGACCUUUUCAGGAAAUUGUGCAGCGCUACAGUGAUGCAGCAAUUCUGUGCUCAACUCAUAUUCUCGGCAGGCGGAUUUAAUGCAACGAAUCUAAAUAUGAGUCGAUUGGAUGUGUAUGCAGCUCGCUUUAUAGAUGGAACAUCAGCUAAAUCUAUUGUACACUGGAAACAGAUAAGAGAUUCAGGAUUAUUCAGAUACUUUGACUACGGGAAUGAGAAUCAGGCAAGAUAUAACCAGAGCUUUCCCCCUUCGUAUAAAAUAGAGGACAUGACUGUGCCAACUGCAGUGUGGUCUGGCGGGAAUGACCUGAUUGCAACCCCCAGAGAUGUAGCCGUCUUACUUCCUCGUAUCACUAACCUAGUUUACUACAAAAAUAUGACAUACUGGAACCACUGGGAUUUCAUCUGGGGCCUCAGUGCCCCCAAACUCAUGUACCAUAAAAUCAUGGAGUUGAUGAGAUGCUUUAGCUGAGAUUUCUGCAUUGCAGCGGGCUGGAUUAGAUGACUCUUGGGGCCCCUUCCAACUCUACAAUUCUAUGAUUCUGUGAGGAUGUCUCUGUAAAUUGAUACAUUCCUAUGAUAAAUUUCAUUUCUUUCUUUUACACCAGUCACAACAAACACUAUACAGUCGUACCUUGGAUCUCAAACGCCUUGGCUCCCGAGCAAAUCAGCUCCCAAAUGAUUGGAACCUGGAAGUGAGUGUUCCAGUUUUUGAACAUUCUUCUGGAAGCCGAACGGCUGACAGGGCUUCCUGCAGCCAAUCAGAAGCCACUGUUUGGUUUCCGAACGUUUUAGAAGUCUAGCGGACUUCUGGAACAGAUUCCGUUCGACUUCCAAGGUAUGACUGUACUGGCAUUGACAGUCUUUGUAGGCCAUUGAAAUCCACAGUAUUUAAAAAUCCAUUGACAUAUGUUGAAAGCACUCUUAUACCAGUUUAAAAGUCAUGGUUUCCCGUGGCUUCCUGGGAACUCAGAGAGCUACAAUUUCCAGUUCCAGUUCCAAUUCAUCCCUCUACUUGUAGCUCUCUGAAGGGAAUAGUGGUCUUCUAGCAGCUCUCUGCAUCCUUAAGAAACUACAGUUCCCAUAAUUAUUUGGAGUAAUUAAUGACUUAGUGUUUUAAGAGGGCUUAAUUGUUUUUUUAAGUGUAUCAGUUUCCUCACCACUGGUUUGUGUAUCUUUAAUCACAUGGUUAUGAAUAUAAGAAUUGCCUUGAGGCAUCAGACCCCAGGAAAAAAGCCAGGAUACAAAUGUGAUAACAUCUCACCACACAGUACUACACUUCCAGAGUGCUUAAAAUGUAUGGUGCUGAAUGAAUGUGGCUGCCAGGGGGGGGGGGCAGUUAAGGCUUGGACUAACUAGGCAGGGCAACUCAGUUUUGAUUCCCUGAGGGGAAACUAAAUGGAAGAAGAUAUUGAGUGGGUGUUUCUGGUUAGGAACAGUGCCAGCCAUUCUAGGUGGGUAAAGUCUCCCUGAUAAUUGGUUUAGAAAAGAGUGUAAAAUUAUCUGUAAAAAGGUCCUGUCUUAAACUUUUUAGUUUUGUGUCUCACAGUUGAAACCAUCAUGCUUUAAACCUUCAGAGAAUGUAAUUAAAUAAACAUUGAAUUU